GUAUUUACACCUGUAUGUUACAGUAAUGUGAUAAGGUUUAAUCAAUAGCUGCGUACCUGUUUACCACAGACCUGCUAAGAUUGGACAGGAAAUGGACGAUCCCCAGUAGUAAAAUGAGCGCACAACAAACCCAGGUUAACGGUUUUACUAACGGGGCGGUUUCCAACCCCCCGGGAACAGACCGCUGGGUGGAGAUACAACAAUCAACGUUUACAAACUGGGUAAAUGAACAGUUAAGUCAGUAUAGUGGUCGUUCACUGACUGACUUACGGACAGAUUUAUGUGAUGGAGUUCACCUCGUCGCCCUGGUGGAGACACUCCAGUUUAAGAAGAUCGGUCGUGUUUACAGUAAACCCCAAGGACAGAUACAGCGUCUGGCCAACGUCUCCCUGGCCUUGACCGCCAUCACCGAGGACAACGUGAAACUUGUCAACAUAGGUAACGAGGACGUCGUAAACGGCAAUCUUAAACUCAUCCUUGGUCUAAUAUGGCAUCUCAUCGUGCGCUACCAGAUUUCAAAUCGCAAAACCAAGUCCCCACCAAAAAAGCUCAUGCUGAACUGGUUCCGCCUGGCUAUCCCAGACUUGGAAAUCAACAACUUCACCAAAGAUUGGGAGGAUGGGAUAGCUCUUCAUGCCUUGAUAGAGCGCCUCAAGCCAGGUACUAGUCCAAACUGGAGGAAACUUCACAGCAAAAACAGGGUAGAGAAUUGUCGGAGUGCAAUGGUGCUCGCCAAGGAAAAAUUGAACAUACCUCGGGUUAUCUCCCCUGAAAACUUUGCCAGUGGUGACCUUGACGAGUUGUCGGCCAUGACCUACCUGUCCUACUUUGUCAAGGUCGAGUCCCCUGGUUAUUAUGACACACUGAACUGGGUGUGUAAACAACUGCGCACGACCACCAUUACCAAUCUAACGACUGACUGGAAUGAUGGGCGUCACAUGUGUAGCGUUGUCCAAUCACUGGGCGGAGAGAUCCCGGGCUGGCCCAAGCUUGACCUCAAUGAUCACGUCGGUAACUGGGAAAAAGCUAUCGCCGGAGGUAAAGAACUUGGUGUCGAGCCCCUACUUAAAGCCAGUGAAAUGUCGGACCCCAGCCUCGAUCACCUCACAAUGAUGACUUACGUCGCCAGAUUUCAACAGGUGACGCCAUCAAAAAGUGACCAAGACAAGGUCAAGGUCACAGCCGAUCUCAAUAAUGUCAGAACAGGGAUUCAGACGUCCUUCAGCAUAGAAGCGUCGGAUCGGACACUUAAAACUGACAAGGUGGAAGUGGAAGUUAAGGGUCCUAAGAGCCGAAUGGAUGUUGAUGUUCAGUGGAUUGAACAACGUGCAAAAUGCAGGUUUACACCACGUGAGGCUGGAGAGUAUCAGAUAUCAGUUCACUACAACAAAGUCCUGGUCAGUGGAUGUCCGGUGAAAUUCGUUGUUAAGGCUGACAUGUCCAAAGUCCGGGUGUUGACCACUUCUACAGACUGUAUAGUCGGCAGUAAACACCAAAUACAGGUAGAAGUUAGUGACACCAAAUAUGGUGUUAUCUCCCUUGAAAGUCAUUCGCCAGACGGUCAAGUCUAUCCUCUUCCAGCAGAGGAAAAUCAGGAGGAUGGACUUCAUGUAGCUAACUUCCGCCCAAAACAUGUCGGUCUGUGGGUCGUGCAAGUCUACAUUGACGGGGAGGAAGUUCCCAACUCACCGGUUAACUUUGAUGCAUAUGACCCGCAGAAAGUGUGGCUCUCCGUGCAGGGACGAGGCGUUGUAGACGAGGUUGUUGUUUGUCAUGUUGAUGUAACUGACGCCGGAACGGGCAAGGUCUCGGCAACAGUCACACAUCUCGGUAAGCCGUCUACUUGCGAUGUCACCAAGCAGGAUGACGGGAAUUGGUCGAUCACGUUUGUCCCUACAUGUCCAGGAUCAUACUUCAUGAAUGCUGCUUUUAAUGGCACUACUAUUACAGGAUGUCCGAAAUUGGUGGAUGUGGUGGACCCUGGUCAGAUAACAGUAACUGGUGAAGGAAUCUCUCGAGGCCUGUGUGGGAAGGAGUCCAGAUUUACCGUGAACGCUGGCGAUCUCGGAGGGAACAUAGCAGUCAACAUCCAAGCGGGAGAUGCAAAGGUAGAUACGAGAUGGGAGGAAGUAGGACCCACGGCAUACCAAUUCUCAUAUACACCGGCACAGACAGGGGUCUAUGCCAUUACAGUUCUGUGGAAUGAUGUAUGCGUUCCUGGAAGCCCCUUCAAUGCAAAGAUUACAGACAGGUCAAAGGUGAGGUUGAAGGACGAUCUGAGUGGGGAUAAGGAUGAGAAUGACUAUUUAGCUUUGGUGUGUGGGACUGACACCACCCUCCACUUCGACAUCAGCGAAGCAGGCCCAGGAUCCUUUAAUGCGGAGGUGCUGGCCCCUAGUGGCAAGCUUCCCGUGAAGCUAGACCAACCUGAUGAAGACGAAGUUGCUGUCAGCUUCAAAGCCAUAGAGGAAGGUGAUCAUUACAUACACCUCUACUGGUCAAACGUCCCUCUGGACUCUUCCCCAAUUCUCUCCUACUGUCCGGGACCCAUACUCCCAAUCGACCACACUAAGGUCAAGGUAACAGGGAAAGGAAUCACAGAAGGUCGUGCGGGAGUUCGGAUGGCAUUCAUGAUCGACGGGAAACUUGCUGGCCCCGGUGUGCCAAAGGUGGAGAUGCAGGGCGUAAGGUCCAACCCAACGGUUCAAAUGUCGGCCCUGAAGUAUGACCGGUACCGCUGUCACUACACCGCCCCCUCCCCUGGAGCUUACCUUCUCUACAUCUACUGGUCAGGAACGAAAUUGAUCAACGUACCGUACAAGUUAUCUGUGUCCCAUAGAGGAGCUGGGGGAAAGGUGAAGGUCAUAGGUCGUGGACUCAAGGGCGGAUUCGUGGGUCAGGAGCUCCGCGUCAUAGUGAACACGACCUCUGCUGGAUACGGUGAGGUGGCAGCAGAAAUGAGCGGAGUGUUACAGCCAGCUCGCUGUGAUAUUUUGGACCAGCAAAACGGUAUCUUCACCUUGAGAUUGUUUCCUACAGAGGCGUGUAGACAUAGUCUUUCAAUCAGUUUUGAUGGAGAACAUGUUCCAGGAAGCCCAUUCACCAUCCCGGUGGGGGAACCGCCCGACCCUCGGAAAGUCCGUGUGUAUGGUCCAGGAAUACAGGAUGGAUUGAUUCAAUCAUUUGAGAGCAAGUUCCUCGUGGAAACAUAUGGAGCUGGGGCUGGCCAGUUGGCGGUACGGAUCAGGGGCCCAAAAGGAGCAUUUAAAGUGGACAUGGAACGUGAGCGACAAAAUGAUCGUACCAUUCUGUGUCGAUAUGACCCAUCGGAGCCCGGUCAGUAUGACCUUAUUGUCAGAUGGUCUGGCCAUCACGUGACCGGUAGUCCUUUUUAUGUGAACGUCUUUGAGACUCGGGAGGAGCUACAGAGAUAUUUGGAGACAGAGAAAGGUGUGUCUAUAGAUAUGCACACAGGAUAUGAAUGGCUAGAAGAGGUUUAGAGCAAGUUAUCAAAUUACACGGAAUAUGGAAACAGAAUACCGGUGACAACAAGAUGAAAUUAACAACAGUUGUGAAGCUACUAUAAUACCUUAUUUGGUGCAAUUAUAUUUCAGUAUAAUUUCCAGAAAAGCCUUCUCUAGAAGAUUUCCUCUUACCAAUGUCUUCCUGAGUCAAAUUCUAUAAGUAAUUGUGGUAAUUCUUCCGUGCUGUAUGUUGUAUAUCAUGUAGAAAGAUUUACAUUUAUAAUUGACAUUAUUUUAACGGCAUUAAGUUUAUCAGACUAAGUCAUGGUUGCAAUACAGUUCAUAUUUAUUUUCACAAUAAUAGUUUGUACACGUAACUUUUUGCAAUAUCAUUCCUUACAGGAGUUUAAGUAUUCACAUUUAAUUUACUUUUUGCAUAUUUGAAUCAGUGACAAAAUGGCUACAAUAAUAUAGCCACUAAAGAGGGGUAUGAUAAGAAAAUGCAUUUUAUUGUAUUGUGUGAAUACCUAUCUUGUUGUUGUGAAUAUUAAUGUAGGUAUAUGUACACCAUUUGUAUAACACACACGAUAUGUGUAUUACUCUGAUUAUAUAUGUGCAUAUUUAUCAGAGUAAGUUGAAUAUUGAAUAUAUUCAUAUUUUAUAUAAUCGAAUGAACUGAAUAAAAGGUGUGACAGGUAAAACUGUUAACAAUGGACACGGGUUCAUAGAAGAGGAUUUUUUAAUAUUUAUUUUUUACACGUUUUUGUUUCUUUAUUUUGAUCUCACUGAUGGUAUUUAUGGUAUCUGCGGAAAAGUCAAAGCUUGUUUGAUACCUAAAAUAUACCCAUAAUGCUUCCAAGUACUGAAAUACUAAAAAUGCCGAAAUACAUGGCAAAGGCGAAAAUUCUGAAAGUGUUACAAUGUAUAUAUACAAUGUAGAACCUUACACUACGGACACUCAUGGAGAAUUAUAUCAAACAGUAUAGUACAUAUACAUCGAGGUAUAUUGGGGAAUGGUAUAUACCAUUCAAUUAUUCAGCGAGGUUUAUGAUUUCCUAAUAUUUGUUGUAUUUGUUUUCAUUAAAUUCAUUUUGUAUACGUCACAGAUGCUAAACACAAUAGCCAGAGAAAAAUGUUUAUCAAGAUUUUGAACUCCAGUUUCAUAGCAGGGAAUGGAUUUAACAAGGUAUCAGAUAAUGUGAUAGAUAUUAUAUGUACAAUCACAUCAACCCACUCUGUAAAUAACUCUGUACAACCAACCAAUACCUUAACAAUGAUGGUUUUAUUAGUUCCCGUACAUGUACAAUGCUAUUUUUCCUAUUAAUGAUAAUACAAGUAUACAAUUAGGUACUAAUUAGUUCCAAUACAUGAACUAUGCUUUCGUUUUUAAUAAAAGUACAAAAUAAUGUUCAAUUUAGUUCCAAUCCGAGUAUACUAGUGUACUUAUAGUUUCAAUAGGGGGAAAACAGUUUCCCCAUUAUAAUUAGUUUUCCGGAUAAAUAUACAAAAAAGUACUUGUACAAUAAUGGACUUAUCAGAACAAGUCGUGUACAAUUAUUUCCUUAUUAUAAAGUCGUAUGACUGUAAGAAGUUAUGCAAUUAUCAAAGUGUUUGUAUUUAGCAUACAUUAUACAGAAUGGAUGGGAGUGUAACAGUUAUGCCAAUAUUUGAAAGUAUAUGUGCAUGCGAGUGUUAUGAUUUUAACUUGAUAAAACCAUUUUACUCUAAUUAAAAUCUGUUGCAAGCAAUACAUUUGCGAUUCUGUUAUUUUUCCCUUUUUGAUUUGAGAAGUAAUCUGAAAUCAGUGAAAAUGUACUCUCUCAUGUAUAAUUUUUAUAAUGUACAUGAAUCAUUAAUCUUGUGUUUCCUCUUAGAUGACUUCAAAAAUAUUCGAAUUCUGAAUGAGAAAAAGACGUUGAGUGUAAACGCGUACGUAUGGGUGACAUGCACAACGUCAUAUCAGGAUUACUACAAAUAAUAGUUGAUCUUGCAUCAACAUUUUGAAAUCUAAAAACAAGAGGCCUAAUAGGCCUGCAUUGCUCCCCAUGGUAUAAAUCUCACAACUGUAACCUUAAAGGGGACUAAAAUAAUGUUACA